CACACAGAUCACCAGUCUCAGCCCUGAGCCUACUCCUUUACGCACACACUGCCACAGUCAUCAUGUCUGCUGGAGGAGAAAAAUCCAAGUCUGCUUCCCAGACUGAUGGGAAGGCGGCUCAGAACAAGAUAUCUGAGAUGGGCAUGAUGUCCUACAAGAUGUGUGUGUUUGACCAGGAGAACUUCCAGGGCCGCUGCAUUGAGAUCAACGGAGAGUGUAUGAAUGUAUGUGACAUGGGAAUGGACAGGGUGCGCUCCCUGCGUGUCGACUGCGGACCCUUCGUUGGCUUUGAGCAGAUGAACUUCUGUGGAGAGAUGUUCAUCCUGGAGAAGGGCGAAUACCCCCGCUGGGACUCCUGGAGCAACUGUCAGAAGAAUGACUACCUGCUGUCCUUCAGGCCUGUCCGCAUGGACCCAGAGAAGCACAAGAUCUGCCUGUAUGAGGUUGGAGAGUUCAAGGGUCGCAAGAUGGAGAUCAUGGAUGAUGAUGUCCCCAGCCUGUUUUCCUAUGGUUUUACUGACAGAGUGGGCAGCAUCAUGGUCAGCUGUGGAACCUGGGUGGGUUACCAGUUCCCCGGCUACCGUGGCAGCCAGUACCUGCUGGAGAAGGGCGACUUCAGGCACUUCAACGAGUUUGGCGCCCGCUGCCCCCAGAUGCAGUCCAUUAGGCGCAUCCGUGACAUGCAGUGGCACCCACACGGCUGCUACACCAUGUCCUCCAAGUGAAACCCAGCGAGGGCGAGGAAGAGAGGGAUCGGAGGAGAGUUGGAGGUCGAAGGCGGGCACAGAGAUGGAGGGGGAGGCGGUGGAGGGAGGGUGAAGGAGAGGAGGAGGGAGAGGGUGUAAUAAUUUCUCCUCUGUCCCAAAAUCCCUUGGUGGUUUAAAUGCAGGAUGGAGGGAAUACAGCAGGUUGUUAUUUUUUAGUUGCUGGAACAUUGGAAUCUAGUGGGCAAUGAAAAGUGAAGGAGGAGAUAAUAAUACGGACUGGCAAGUAUCUGAUAAUAAACGCUCUCUCCAUUUUUGUUCUCCCUCUCUGUUUGUCAGCUCCCUUCUCCCCACUUUCCUCUUUCUCCUCCCCUCCCUCCCUCCCUCUCUCCCCCUCACACACUUCUCUUUCACAUCUCACCAAUUUCAGCCCUCACUCAGCCUCACUGAGGAGGGCAUCAGUGUGGAUUUGUGUGUGUUUGUGGGAUGGGGGAUCUGAAACAGAAGAACGCCUCAACAAGAGAAAUGUCGGCAAAUUGUCUGUGCUCAGAUCCUGCAGCCACAUCAACCUGUAACCCCAAUAAAGCAUCUCAUAUCCUGCUCCA